UUGAUUCUUUGCCUGCCUACCGUCUGGAUGUUCGUGACUCGUUUGUCGUUUUGUAGCGCGAGGUAGCAAAACUUGUAAAAUUUUCACCCAGCCAUCCAGCAGCUGCUGCUGUUUCCUCAAUCGCUCGCUCAAUCCAUCAAAGCAAAAGGAAGCGCGCAGCGUAGAGUUUGUGAAACAAAAUAUUCAUUGAUAGUGAGAGUAAGAGCUCGAAAUCGUCGUCGUCGUCGAAUGUAGUCAGUGUUGGUAUCGGUGAGUGAAGAAAAAACGCGAAGAAAAUUCGAAAUCGCAUGCAGAUUGGGUGUGAAGAAAAUCGUCGUAGCUUUUUUCUAGUGUUAAAUUCCGGAUUCCGUAGGUAAAGAGUCCUCCAGAUCGUAAAUUGUGAAGGACCGUACGAGUUUCAGUGAAAUACUUGAGGAAGCAAAGCACAAGUUGCUGAACAUAUUUUUUACACACCCCGAAAGAGGAACGGGAGGAAAAGAUCCCGAAAAGUUUUCAUCCGGAGCGGAUUGUCCGCUCUCGUUGGAGGUGUUUGUAAGAGGAUAUCGUCGAAAUACUAUAAAACACUUCGGGACUAACCACCAGUGGAAUCAAAAAUGGACAAAAGGAAACUAUCCACGGCCGGUGACACACUGUACCAAACGCUAGGGCUGCCCAAAACCGCCACCGCAGACGAUAUCAAGAAGACCUACCGGAAACUUGCCCUCAAAUAUCACCCAGACAAGAACCCCAACAAUCCAGAAGCAGCAGACAAGUUCAAAGAAGUCAACCGAGCACAUUCCAUCCUCAGUGAUUUGACCAAACGAAACAUCUACGACAACUACGGCUCGCUUGGGCUGUACAUCGCCGAACAGUUUGGCGAAGAGAAUGUCAACGCAUACUUCAUGGUCACGUCUCCGACGUGCAAGGCCCUUGUCCUGAUCUGCGGUAUCAUCACCGGUUGCUACUGUUGCUGUUGUUGCUGCUGCUGCUGUAACUUCUGCUGUGGCAAGUACAAGCCACCGCACCCGGCGGACCAGUCCGGUGAUUACCAUCAUCUGCACAGGGACGGUGGUGCCAGUAGUAGUGCCAACACAGGUCCAGUCACCGAACAGCCUACGCGAAACGAGGAUCUUGCAGAUCUGGACGAGAAUGCUGGUGGAAACCCGGUGACGUCACAGCCGACUGCUGGCCAAGCGCAGGGUGCCGGAAUGCCAGUAUUUGCGAUGCCACCGCCGUCUUCGAAUCCAACCAAUCCGUUCACGGGGGCGGCGGCCACCGAAAGCACAGGCCUCAACAGUGGUAAUCAACCGGUGUAUACGCCAGGCCAUUAAAAGUUCAACCCGGAUAAUAUCAUCACAAGAUGCGAAAUUAAAAUGAUGGUAUGAAGUAAGUGUUAUCGCCAUUGUUUAAAGUAUAUCUUUACCUUUAGUGGAAUAAAAAUUACCACGAAAAGAAACCAACAAUAACCAAAAGCUACUGGAUUUUGCGAGAUGUGCAUGUGUGCCACGUGACAAUGCUGCAACAUAACGGUUCACUCCUCUGGAUGAAAGAUAGCCCAAGUUAGAUGCUACGAUGUUGUGUUUGCACACAUACGCAACUUUAUCACACAUAUGUUAUGUGUGAUGGAAACAGCCAGAAUCAAUCAGAUGCUUAGGAAACGGUACACAUUAAUCAAAAAACACAAUAUUUGAAUAUUUUAAUACAAAGCAGUAAACUACAGUCGAACCAAGAAAUUGAACUAACUCUCACGUUACACCAAUACAAAGGAAAUCACACGAUCACUUCAUAUUCACAAGAGUCAAACACACGGCAGCAGCAACGGAGAAGCAGUAUCGUAAUCGCAGAUAUAAGGAAUAACGUUUUCCUCAUUACACUAUAACGAAAAGAAACAAAAAACAUAUAUAUUACGUGUUACUACUAUUUCCAUUUGCAAAGGAAUCAGAUUACAUGCCAAGCAAAGUCCUACAAUAAAAGAAAUAAGUCUAUUUCAAAUUCCAAAGUAUGUCUGUUAUAUUUUUUUCUGCAAUUGUGUGGUUAACUUCCUUUCUCGUCGUGCAUAAGAAAUAAAAGAGAAAAUUACAAGAACAAUCUUAUAUUAAUUAUAGUAAUGUAUCAAGCAGAUUGAAAUGCAAGUUCUUCUAUUCUCACAUGUGUAUGGUAAUAGAAGUUGGAAGUCAGAGUAGAGACUGGGUUUGACUGUAAAGGCAAAACGAAAAUUAGAAGAAAAAAAUAUAUUAACGAGUGAACAUUAAAACAAAACCACAAACAAAUAAUGGAAUGUAGGGUGAAGCUACAUCAUUCAAUUGUAAUCACAUUCGGUAAACAAGGAAGCAAAAAAGAAGGAAGCAAACAAACCUAUGAUAAUAAAUUUUUCAUUGCGCCAGUUAUACUCAACCUGAAAGUCUAUAAA